GAGCUCUGAGGCAUGCUGGGUGGGCACAUUCCAGGACUGGCUGUCCAGGGGCCUCACCACCGCAGUGGAACUGGUCAGGGCAGGUGUUUCCUCCAUGGAGCCCAAGGACACGACCCAGUGCUGGGGCUGGGGUCCAGAGCUGAGUCGCUGGGCAGCCAGAGGCAGCCCCACACGGGGGCACUGUGUACCCCACGCUCCGUGCGGCCAUGUCCUGGGCCGGGGUAAUGCGACUGUCCCAUCCUGGGGAGGCCGGGGCUACAUGGACGGGCAGCUCCUGGGCCAGCGCCAGCCCCUGAUGGAGGAGGAAGAGCUGGGGAGGGCCGGGGCUGCCCCAUCCGCAAGGCCUGCCUUCCCCGAGAUGGGCUCCCAUGAGCUGCGACUGGCCUCCUUCUGUGACUGGCCACUGACUGCCGUGGUGCGGGCCGAGCUGCUGGCUGCCGCAGGCUUCUUCCACACUGGCCAACAGGACAAGGUGAGGUGCUUCUUCUGCUACGGGGGUCUACAGAGCUGGGAGCAAGGGGAUGAGCCCUGGGCUCAGCACGCCAAGUGGUUCCCCAGGUGUGAAUUCCUGCUCCGGACAAAAGGAAGGGACUUUGUUUGCAGCAUCCAGGAGACUUAUUGCCACCUGCUCGGCUCCUGGAUGUUCUCUGACUCCUUCCAGGAUCCAUGGGAAGAACCAGGAGACACAACUCCCAGCACCCCCUCAGCUCCUGUCCACCCGGGCCCUGAGCUGCCCAUGCCCAGAAGAGAGACCAGGUCAGAGGGUGGCAGGGAGCCAGGAGUCCGGGACGCGGAGGAGCAGCUUCAGCGCUUGCGGGAGGAACGGACCUGCAAGGUGUGCCUGGACCGCACUGUGUGCAUUGUCUUCGUGCCCUGCGGCCACCUGGUCUGUGCCGAGUGUGCCCCCCACCUGCAGCAGUGCCCCGUCUGCAGGGCCCCCAUCCGCAGCUGCGUGCGCACCUUCCUGUCCUAAGCCAGGUGCUACAAGUGUGGCCUCUGUGUGGGCGCCUGCCCGUCUCAGCCUGUCUUUUGGACACACACUGACUGCCUGAUUCCUGACCCACAGCCCAGGGUGGACGACAGAGCUGCGG